AUCACAAUCAACUGUCAAUUGCGGUGUUGUAAAGUAAAAAGUGAAUUAAAACUAAAAAAUGAAUAAAUAUAUUUUAGCAUUCGCUUUAAUCCUUGUUGUGGUUGCUACAGCCGAUGCUCGGUGUAAACGCCAAUGUCAACCCAAUAGACCAAGCCCAUCGGUUUGUAUAAGAGAGAGGGGUACUGUGAAUAGUUGCCGCAGAUUACGGGAAUGUAGAUUCCGCGAGGAGAACUGCAGACUUAAGUCUAUUGGUCAACCACCACUCAAGAAAACAAGCCAGAGCAGAUGUCGCAACAUUCAAAAAGAUGGAAGUGGACUUUGUGCUGGAAGAGGCAAGAGAAGUACUAAAGAAGAACGUUGCAACAAAUUGCGUUGUCCAGCGAAAAAGAUUGUGUCCUGUUAUCGCAGCAAAGCCAACAAUUGUCGCCUGAUGUCCAAUUGCCAAGCCAGACGCGCUAAUUGCUUGAGAGACUCUUGGAACCAAAUUAUGAUUACAAGACGUGAAAGAUGUCGUGGCAUGAAACUUGGACAGAAGGCAAGACAAUGCCGUAAAUAAAUCCGUGAUUUUUAUUAUCUUAUCAUAAAACUCUGAAAUGGAUAUUUGAUGAAAAAAAAUUUUAA